AUGGCUUCUAAAGAUAUAACAAGAGCUUUGAAAUAUGCUCAAGAAUUUGUUGACUUUGUCAAUUUAUCACCAACUCCUUAUCAUGCAGUAUCUACUGUCAAAUCUCAUUUGAAAGCAGCUGGAUUUUCAGAACUUCAUGAACGUACCAAUUGGCAAACUUCAUCUACUAAACUCGAACGUGGAGGUAAAUAUUAUGUCACUCGUAAUGGAUCUUCAUUGAUUGCUUUUACAAUUGGACAGAAAUUUGAAAAUGGAAAUGGUAUCUCAGUGGUUGGUGCCCAUACUGAUUCUCCUUGUCUUCGUAUCAAACCAAUUUCCAAUAAAACUUCAGAAGGAUUUAUUCAAGUAGGUGUAGAACAAUAUGGAGGAUUGAUUGCUCAUUCUUGGUUUGAUCGUGAUUUGUCUAUUGCUGGGAGAGUUUAUGUCAAUGAAAAUGGAAAUUUUGUUCCUAAACUUGUGAAAAUUGAUAAACCAUUAUUAAGAAUUCCUACUUUGGCAAUUCAUUUAGAUAGAGAAGUGAAUACUAAAUUUGAAUUUAAUAAGGAAACAAAAUUGGUUCCUAUUGCUGGUCAAGUAGCAUUAGAUAAAAAUGAGCAAGCCAAAGAAGAGGAGGAAAAGAAGAAGGAAUCAACAAGUUGUGCCGAUGAUCCAGAUUUACAAUUGUCUCCAGAACAAUUCGAAUCUAUUCAAAAUGUUAUAUCAAGACAUAACCAAUCCUUGAUUGAAUUAAUCGCAAAAGAGCUCGGCGUAGAGACUACGCAAAUUGAAGAUUUUGAAUUGGUAUUAUUUGAUCAUCAAAAAUCUACAAUUGGAGGUCUUAAUGAUGAAUUCAUCUUCUCACCAAGAUUAGAUAAUUUAGUUUCCUGUUUCUGUGGAACUAGAGGUCUCAUUGAAUCAAGUGAAGACUUGUCACAACAAAGAGGUAUUCAAUUAAUCUCAUUAUUUGAUCAUGAAGAAAUUGGUAGUCGUUCCGCACAAGGUGCAGAUUCUACAUUCUUGCCUGAUAUUAUUAAACGUUUGGCCAAAUUUGAUUUCAAUGGAAAUGGGAACGUCGAUUACUUUUAUGAAACCAUGGCCAAAUCAUUCCUUUUAUCUUCCGAUAUGGCACACGGUGUUCAUCCAAACUAUGGCGACAAGUACGAAGCCCAAAAUAGACCAGAAUUAAAUAAAGGACCAGUGAUUAAAAUUAAUGCUAAUCAAAGAUACGCUACCAAUUCUCCUGGGAUUGUUUUAUUAAAGAAAGUUGCUGAUCGUGCACAAGUUCCUUUACAAUUGUUUGUGGUUAGAAAUGAUUCUCCUUGUGGAUCUACUAUUGGUCCUAUUCUUUCUGCUAAAUUAGGUAUUAGAACUUUGGAUUUAGGUAAUCCGCAAUUAUCUAUGCAUUCUAUUAGAGAAACUGGAGGUACUUUUGAUAUUGAAAAAUUGUCUGAUUUAUUCAAAUCAUUCUUUGAAAAUUAUGCCGAGUUAGAAGAAAAGAUUCUUUGUGAUAAAUUAUAA